CAGCAGCAGCAGUAGCUGCGUAAGCUACACAGACAAGAACACAAACAGCAAACAAAUUAAUGCAGAGUUGGCGAUCGACGCAUUAAGGCUAUAAUUAUUUGAACGCAUACACGUAUUGCGUUUGUGCACCCUAUAAAACAAUACAAGUGAAAAGCGUGCCAUAAUUAUAACAACAGCAGCAACAGCAACAACAGUAGCAACAGCCGCGGCAGCAUCAGAAGCAAAACGAGGGCAGUCUAAUAACAAUAAUCAAAACCGCAAACAAAAUCAAUAAACGGCAAUGUGCGAAAAUUGCUAAAAACAACAGCAAAAGGAAAACAAAAGAAAGGAAAAGCAAAGCAAAAUACGUCAGCAGUCAGCUAAAUCAGCCGCACCAAUAACGACAGCAGCCAUUAAAAUUGCCAACAUGAUUGACGCCACCUGCAAUUAUUUGAAUCCCUAUGCGCUGCCCCAGCCAACAGCCAUGCAUCAGCAGCAGCAGCUCCAACAGCAGCAGCAACUGCAAAUACAACAACAACAGCACCAGCAGCAGCAGCAGCAGCAACAUCAACAGCAACAUCAACAGCAGCAACAGCAACAGCAGGAGCAACAGCAACCAAGUCAUGAUUUCAUUAGCGCCACAUUGCUGUCCGCCUCGACGUCCACCUCCGCCUCCAACUGCGACUCGACUGCUUCCUCUCCGUUAGCAUUUUACGGCAAGCAGGGAAAUGCAUCGCCGACAGUUUCUGCAUCGACCGCAUCAUCGCAUCAGGCGGUGCCGCCAAUGAAGCUGGAAAUGCAAUAUCCGCCGCAGGCAUCAUCCACGGGCAGUGCAUCGCCCAACUCCAGUUUGUCACAAUCGGCCGCUUCCUCUGCAUCGGUGUCUCCCAGCAUUUUCCCAUCGCCUGCGCAGUCCUUUGCCUCGAUAUCCACUAGUCCGCCAGCCGCAGCCGCCGGGGGCUCCUCCUCUGCCGCCGCAGCAGCUGUAGCCGCAGCCGCUGCCGCCGACCUGGGCGCCGCGGCUGUGGCUAGCGCCUACAGCUGGAAUACGGCUGCCUACACAGCGCUGCCAACAAGAACUCAAUUUCCGUAUGCUCAAUAUGCAACGUACGGAAACGUGGCAUCAGUUGGCGUUGCAGCAUCGGCGUCGGCCGCGUGGUUCUCGCACCAGGAGCGCCUCUACCAGCCGUGGUCCUCGCAGAGCUAUCCGAGCUUCAACUUCGACGACAUCGCCUUCCAGACACAGCUUCAGCGUCGCUCCGUGCGCUGCACCUGCCCCAACUGCACCAACGAGAUGAGCGGCUUGCCGCCCAUCGUCGGGCCGGAUGAGCGCGGCCGCAAGCAGCACAUCUGCCAUAUUCCCGGCUGUGAGCGGCUCUACGGCAAGGCCUCACACCUGAAGACCCAUCUGCGCUGGCACACGGGGGAGCGUCCGUUCCUCUGCCUGACGUGCGGCAAGCGCUUCUCGCGCUCCGACGAGCUGCAGCGCCACGGACGCACCCACACCAACUACCGGCCCUACGCCUGCCCCAUCUGCUCCAAGAAGUUCUCGCGCAGCGAUCACCUCAGCAAGCACAAGAAGACCCACUUCAAGGACAAGAAAACGAAAAAGGCCCUGACAGCCGAGGCCAAGGAGCACGCGGCGGCGGCGGCCAUCAAGCAGGAGAAGUCCGAGAAGGCGCUCAACGGCAGCAAAAAGGCGCUGAAAAGCACCGCGGCUGCCGUCACGGCGCCAAUGCUCGGCGGCAGCAGCAGCAGCAACAGCAGCAGCAGCAUGCAAUUCAAGCAGGAGCAGCCGGACAGCCUGGGCUACGCACCCUACGCGACAGCAGCAGCAGCGGCAGCCGUUGCAGCCAGCAGUCUGCCACCCCCUCUACCGCCCCUAUUCCAGCAGAGUGAUCCCAAUAGCAGCAGCGGCGCCAGCAGCUACGAGCCCUGGUGCACGGCCAGCACCAGCACCAGCACCAGCGCCAGCGCCAGCAACAACAGCAAUAGCAAUAAUCCAACAGCAGCAGCAGCAGCAGCAGCGGCAGCGGCAGCCACAGCCACAGCCACAGCCACAGCCACGCAGCACUAUGCGGCGCUGGCCAUGCAGAGCGAGUCGCAGCUGGCCUCAGAAUACGGCCUGACCAUGUCCGGUUUGGCGAGCGGUGCCAGCGAUAGUAGCAGCAGCAGUUGCAAUAAUCUGAACGGCGGAUAUUCCGGACUUGUGGGGCCCAUGAAGUCCGAUUACGUCGGCAACUAUCCGGCCGAGUUUGCCAGCGGCUCCGGCUACGGCUAUGCGCAUCAUCAUGUCGCCCAUGCUCAUGCCCACGCUCACGCCCACGCGCACGCCCACAACCAUCAUCAUCAUCAUUAUCACAAUGCGUGGACCGCCGCCUAUCAUCCGCAUGCAACCGCCUAGACGGAAGAGGAGAUCGUUGCGGCCGGGUACCUUAACUAAAUCCUUGUUGUUGUGUUG